AUGAACCGUUCUUUUCUUUCUUUUUUUUCUUUUCAUUCUUUCUUUCAUUCUUUCAUUCAUUCUUUCUUUCAUUCUUUUUUCUUUCUUUUCUUUUCUUUCUUUUUUUCUUUUUCUUUCUUGUUUUUUCUUACUUUCUUUUUUUUCUUCAUAACAUUUAAUUUUUCCCCUUUGGAUUCAUUCUUUCUGCAUAACCUGAGAAAACAGGUCUUUCUUUCUUUCUUAUACCAUCACCCAUAUUCUUCUUCUUUUUUUUUUCUUCCCCAAUUUCUUCAUAACAUGACUUUUUUAUUUAUUCAAUUUCUUUUUUUUCGUUAUGUUUCUUUUCUUUCUUUCUUUAUUUUUCUUUCCUUCUUUUUUUUUUCUUCCUUAUUUCUUUUCUUUCAAUAUGGACUUGUUUUUCUUUCUUUCUUUCUUCAUGACAUGUCCUUUUGUAUCUUUUAUUCUUUGUUUAAUUCUUUCUUUGACCCUUUCUUUUUUCUUUCUUUCCUUCCUUUGUUUCUUUCUUUCUUCAUUGUGUAUGUUUUUUCUUUUCUUUCUUUUCUUCAUGACAAGUUCCUUUUUUUCUUUCUUUCUUUCUUUCUUUCUUUUCUUUUUCUUUCUUUCCUUCCUUUGUUUCUUUCUUUCUUCAUAAUGUAUUAUUCUUUCUUUCUCCAUAACUACCUUCUUUUUCUUUCUUUCUUUCUUUCUUUCUUUCUUUCAUUCUUCAUAACGUCUCAAAACAUUUCUUUCUUUCAACCACUCUAUUCCUUUUCUUUAAAACUUUAUUUUUUUCUUUCUUUCUUUUCUUUAUAA